AUGUCAUCGCCCUUCCAGUUUGGUGUAGGAAGCAACGUCGUGGGAGCUCCACAGUCCGGAACCAGCAUGCGAAUCCUUCGAGAAUGGAUGGUUCCAGCGGAAGGAGUCCGAGAAGCCGAUGGGACAGCACAAGAAAUGGCCGUUUUGUUCGAACGUCUUCCUCCCGAACUGAGCCAACACCUGCAGCAUCACUUUGGGGAACGCCUCAAGGAACUCAAUGAGAUUUAUCUUCAACUGGGGCAAUUGCCAGAGUGCAUUUUCGAGGACAAUACAAGUGGCAAAAAGAAACGGGAGCUUUUGAGUCAAGAACCAUGCAGCCAAGGACACAUUGAUCUCUUUGCCGAUUUCUUCCUUUCUCAGCAAGAUUCAGCGGAAACCACCAAGCGCAAGGGCAUCAGUGGUACACUUCAUCGUGUCAGCUUGAUUACACACCCUUUGUAUCGGCCAGAAAAGGUUUUGGGUGUGGCAGUUCGCGUGGGACGAGCGUUGCAGGGAUUGUUGGACACCAUGACGUGGGGCAAGCAAUUCUGGGUCGACAUGGCACAAAAGCACCAGCCAUUGCUGUUGAUUGGAAAACCAGGAGUUGGAAAGACCACCGUGUUGCGCGAAAUUGCUUCCACCCUCGCCAGUGAUACCUCCCUGAAUGUGGUGGUGAUUGACAAGACCUGUGAGAUUGCAGGGGAUGGCGUAACACCCCAUCCUGCAAUUGGCCGGUCUCGGUGGAUGCCCGUGGGAGUCGCCAAUCUACAACAUGUCAUUAUGCGAGAGGCGGUGGAGAAUCAAUCCCCGGAUGUCAUUAUUGUGGAUGAAAUCAGUACGCCACUAGAAGUUCAAGCAGCCCGAACUAUAUCUCAGCGCGGUGUUCAACUCAUUGCCACCAUCCAUGGUGUGACACUUCCAGAAAUCAUUCUUGACAAAGAACGGGGAAGUCUUGUGGGAGGUGUCACCAGUGUGACACUCUCCGGUCAGGAAGCCGAACGCCGCGCCGACAAACGCAAACAAGUCCAGAAACGCAACACGGAACCAGUCUUCACGGCAGCCCUGGAGUUGCGCAGCAGAAGCAGCUGGAUCUAUCAUUCCAACGUCAAAGAUGCAGCUGAUUCCUAUUUCGAAAACGAACGGUUCAAUGCCGUAGAACUUUGCCCGGGCAAAGCCAUUGACGUCAAAGUCAUUCCCAUGGAAGGUCAUUUCGACUAUUGUCGAGCUUGUGUUGGAGGCGUGCCAUGUGGGUUGCACAAGAACACGGCGGUACCACAUCACAAUGCAGCAUUCCAGGAAGCAACCAACAAUCAUCAUCAUCAUCAAGCGCCGCGACGACGAAAGGCGGGUCGGGGACGGUAA